GCUGACACACAACAUGAAAUCAUGGAGAGCUCGUUGCUGUGUCCUUGGAUCCUCUCAGUAUUCCUUUUGGCUUUCUGGGUGUCUCUUUAAUAUGGAAAACCUGUGAAUUCUAUCUACUUUGUUCUUGUUGUUUUUCUGGGUUUAUAUUCAAAGAGAGCAUUAGCAAAGUGAGGCAGUGUGUUUCUUUGGGGCUAUGAAGUGUUUUUGUUUCUCUGGUAAAGAGAAGAAUGCUGAACCAAAAGCUACAAAGUCUAUUUCCGUCCGUUCCUCCACUUCCAUUUCCAUGUCAGCAGAUCAUGAUAUGAGGAGAUCUGGGUCUGAGUUCAAUUCUCAGAAUGUCUCAGAUUUUAGCACAGAAUCCUCCACGAAGAAUUCAUUUGCUGCUUUGUCUCAAAGACAAAGUAAUCUCAGAGAGUUCACGUUCUCAGAGUUGAAGACAGCAACAAAGAAUUUCAGCCGCUCCCUGAUGAUUGGAGAAGGUGGGUUUGGCGGUGUAUAUAGGGGUGUUAUCCGAAGCACAGACGAUCCUCAUAAGAAAAUUGAUAUUGCUGUUAAACAGCUCAGCAGAAGAGGGUUGCAGGGGCACAAAGAAUGGGUGACAGAAGUAAAUGUUUUAGGGGUAGUUGAACACCAAAAUCUUGUGAAAUUAGUGGGUUACUGUGCUGAGGAUGAUGAAAGAGGUAUACAGAGGCUGCUGAUAUAUGAGUACAUGCCCAACAGGAGUGUGCAGGAUCACUUGUCAAGUCGGUUUCAAACAACUCUUCCUUGGGCCACCAGAAUUAAAAUUGCCCAGGACGCUGCCCGAGGCUUAGCUUACCUCCAUGAAGGAAUGGACUUUCAGAUUAUUUUCAGAGAUUUCAAGUCCUCAAAUAUACUUUUGGAUGAGCAUUGGAAUGCAAAGCUGUCAGACUUUGGGUUGGCCAGACUGGGGCCUUCAGAUGGAUUAAGUCAUGUCUCAACUGCAGUUGUAGGGACUAUUGGAUAUGCAGCUCCUGAAUACAUUCAAACCGGGCGCCUGACAGCUAAAAGUGAUGUGUGGAGCUAUGGAGUUUUCCUUUAUGAACUCAUAACAGGUAGGCGCCCUUUGGAUCGGAGUCGCCCCAAGCGGGAGCAAAAGCUUUUAGAAUGGGUCAGGCCACACAUCUCUGAUAUAAAGAAGUUCAAGUUGAUUUUGGACCCUAGGCUCGAAGGGAAGUAUUCUCUCAAGUCUGCACAUAAACUUGCAGCAGUAGCAAACAAAUGCUUGGCACGGCAGGCCAAACUACGCCCCAAAAUGAGUGAAGUUCUAGAAAUGGUGAACCGAAUCGUGGAAGCAGCAGAUAUGGUAAGCCCCCAACUCCCUAUGAAGAGUUCAACUCUGAAAAAUGUCUCUGAAGUAUUAUCAAGCAGGAAGCGUCUAAAAAGAAGGUUUGUUGAUCUGAUAACCGGGGACAAAGGAUGUUUGAUUUGGCGAACACGGAGACCAAAGAUUGUGAGAACUUGUUAAGACACUAGUUGAUGAAUUUGGUUGAAUUCUGUAAGUUAGUCUUCUCUACGUAUCGCAUAAAAACCAUUGUAAAGGCUUUGCUUUGGCUGUAGGAAGUUUUCAAACUACCAUAUUUGAGCUGAUACUUUGUGCUCAAAGCUUAAUAGCUUGAAAGAGUAAUAUCUAGUCAAUAGCUGUUUAAUUUCAUCUUAUAAAUAAGUUUCCAAGGUAUUUGGUUUA